GAAUGGUAUAAAUAACCAUGCAUUAGAAAAUUCGUUGCCGUAUUGGCACAUCAAAUUUCGUAUAAACUUCUGGUAUUCCUCUCCAUUAAGACCUUGAUAUCGAUUCUUUAAUCCUUGAGUUCUUUCUUCAAGUAACAUAAAAUAAGAUUCCACAGCAUAAAAGAACAGUCUCAAACGAAAAGAACACAAAACGACUUAUUUCAUACUCCAUUUACGAUCGAAGCUGAUAAAAGUCUUAUCACACAACAUAAAGAAUAAAUUAUCGAUCAUGAAUCAAGCAGCACGUGCCUUGAGUGAAAUAUCACAAGCCCUUAACUUCAACAAGGGACUUCUUCCUUUGGAACCCUAUGAAGGUUUAGAUACGCCCCCACAGCUCGAGUAUAAGGAUCAGAUUUCCUGGAUUGCUAUCCACGCGAACAACCACGCCCCCUCUGCCAUCAUUCUCUCUCAAGCAAAGAUGAUUACAUGGCAGCAAAUGCUCACGGGUCUUGAGACAGUCAAUAGACUUCGUCAUCCAAAUGUUGGAGAGGCAUAUAUCAAAUGGAGAAGUCAAAGUAUGCUUGUCAGACGUCUCUGGGAGGAUGCAAAAUUCCCGGGUGUAGACCCUGAUCCGGUUUAUACACAAAUUCGAAGAAAAUACUGCACAGCUGUCAAGCGAUUAAUCAAUGAGAAGGCAGAACAGGGAGAGGAUGAUAUUGGUGCCCUUAUUUUCCUCAACGAAACUUACAACAAGAAACUCAUGUUAGCACGAAAACUUGAGGUUAGUACCGAGAGCUUCUCUGACCGCAUUCGCGCUAUUCAGGCUAAGAAGGCUCAGGAGUCUCAGGAGGCUGAGAAGAGAAUCAAGGAGAUUGAGGCAGAGGAAGAGAGAGAGGAGAUGAUGGAGCAGGGUGGGGACGAUGAGUUUGUGGUUGUAGAGGUGGAGGAUGCGGAUGAUGAAGAGUUCGGUUGGGAGAAUGAUGAUUGGGAUAUGUUGUGAGGGGCUUUUGAAGGGUGCUAGAGAUUGAUUAGGUCUUGAUGAUCCGUAGGAGAGAAAUCAUCAUCUCAGCACUCUAGUAGGCCGAUA